CAUUAUUUCUUCCCAAACUUAACUACCAAAGGAGAGAGAUGAUAGCCUGCCGUAAUGCUGUUUUUCUUUACCCCUGGGCCUGAGAAACCUUUUAAAUCUCUUCAAAAAUGUUGGCGCAGACGAGGACCGUAGGCUAAACAACAUUCCUGGACGUGCAAUUCUCUCCCCUCCAGGUCAUGAUCAGUUCAAUGUAUGUGUCCUCUCAGGGCCAUACUUCAGCCCAUGGCCUCGACAGGACUUCAUUGAAAACAUAUCUAAGGGAAGACUGGGACACAAAGGGGGAUGUCAUGAAAAAGGUUGUGAUCAACGUUGGUGGCAUGCGUCAUGAAACUUACAUGAGCACUCUCAAGAGCUUGCCUGGUACCCGUUUGGCUAAACUGAUGGAUCAUGACCCAAGUGGUGACCUUGAAUUCUUCUUCGACAGACAUCCAGGUGUUUUCUCCAAUGUUCUGAAUUAUUACAGAACCGGUAAGCUUCACUGUCCAACAGAUGUCUGCGGUCCCCUUUUUGAAGAGGAGUUGGCUUUUUGGGAGGUCGACAAGGCGGACGUGGAACCUUGUUGCUGGAUAACAUUCUGCCAACAUAGGGAUGCCGAAGUGGCCCUUGCAGCGUUCGGACCAUCUGACUCAAAACAGCACCACAAUGAAGAGUUUCCAGAGUCAUUCGAUGUUGAGGACAACCCAGCUAAUUCUCAGAGCUGCUGCAAAAGGUGGAAAGCAAAAAUGUGGGCUUUAUUUGACGACCCGUUCUCAUCUAAGGCUGCCAAGGUCAUUGCAUUUGUUUCCCUCUUCUUCGUCCUCCUUUCCAUCACAGCUUUCUGUCUGGAGACACAUGAGAGCUUCCACACGUUAGAGCAACGCACAGAGCUGGUCAAUAAUGGGAACCACACAGAAGAGGUGACGUACUAUGAGAUAGUGACCGAACCUACUCUGACUGUGGUGGAGGGCGUCUGUGUGGUGUGGUUCAUAUUUGAGUUCCUGGUCCGUUUCACCUGCUGCUCCAACAUACUGGUGUUUGUGAAGAACAUACUAAACAUCAUCAUUGACUUUGUGGCCAUCCUGCCCUUCUUCCUGGAUGUGGGGCUGGGUGGGAAUGCCCUGGGCUUCCUGCGUGUGCUGAACUUUGUGAGGAUCCUGAGGAUCUUUAAGCUGAUGCGCCACAUGGUGGGAGUGCGUGUGUUAGUCUACACACUAAAGGCCAGCGUUCAAGAGUUCUGCCUCCUUGCUGUCUUCUUUGGAAUUGGAAUGCUAAUUUUCAGCACCCUGGAAUUCUACGCAGAGCGAGUACAUGGUGACCCUGAAGACCCAACUUUGUCUGCGCACACCAAUUUUAAGAACAUCCCCAUAGGCUUCUGGUGGGCGGUGGUUACCAUGACAACCCUGGGCUAUGGGGACAUGUACCCGGAGACCUGUUCCGGCAUGGUAAUUGGAGCCCUGUGUGCUCUGGCAGGUAUUCUGACCAUCGCCAUGCCUGUCCCAGUCAUAGUCAAUAACUUCCGCCUGUACUACUCCCUGGCCAUGGCCCAACAAAAGCUCCCAAAGAAGAAGAAGAGGCAACACCUGCCCCUGUCUGGAACGCUUAGCCAGCCAUCCCCAAGUGGGGAGCAGGUAGAAUGAUGCCUGUUAUCAGGGGAGCGCUCUUGUUCAGAGUGAAUCCUGGCGUUAGUCUGGCUAUGAGACCCUGGAUGUAGAGACUGGAUCCUGAUUGUACCAUUACACCGGAUUGGGACAUUAUAGCUAUGUUAUACCAUCAAUAACAUUAUAACAUUUUACAUUUUAAUAUCUUUAUAGACCAUUGCAUGGGUAAAGGACAAACAAUAUUUGUUUGUGUGCAUUCAAGGUAGUAUGUAUUAUUCAUUUAUUCGGAUCACCAUUAGCUUUUGCAGAAGCAGCAGCUAUUUUUCCUGGGGUCCACACAAAAACAUAAAACACAGCAAGUAACAAAACACUGAUGUACUGGUAGACAAGAACAGUCACACAAAUGUAAAAUGAUACAAUAUACAGUUAGUAUUCCAAACAUCAAGAACACCUUCCUAACAUUGAGUUGCACCCCCUUUUGCCCUCAGAACAGCCUCAAUUUGUCGGGGCGUGGACUUUGUCGGGGAAAGGUGUCGGAAGUGUUCCACAGGGAAGCUGGCCCAUGUUAACUUCAAUGCUUCCCACAGUUGUGUCAAGUUGGCUGGAUGGCCAUUGGGUGGUGGAUCAUUCUUGAUACACACGGGAAACUGUUAAUUCACAGUUGAGAAACUGAGUGUAAAAAACCCAGCAGCGUUGCAGUUCUUGACACAAACCGCUGCCCCUGGCACCUACUACCAUACCCAUUCAAAGGCACUUACAUUUUUUGUCUUGCCCAUUCACCCUCUGAAUGGCACACAUACACAAUCCAUGUCUCAAUUAUCUCAAGGCUUAAAAAUCCUUCUCUAACCUUAUAUACACUGAUUAAAGUGGAUUUAACAAAUUACAUCAAUAAGUGAUCAUAGCUUUUACCUGGAUUCACCUGGUCAUGGAAAGACCAGGGGUUCUUAAUGUUCUCUACACUCAUUGUACAAACAACACAACUAAAGAAUAAUGUGUGUAUAGAUUGUUUGUGUUAGAGUGUGAUAGAGUGUGUGGGCAUGUGUUUGUAUGUGUGUCAUUUCACAGUCCCUAUUGUGCCAUGAGAUGUUGUUUUAUCCAUUUGUUUUAUGUAAUUUUGCUGUUUGCUUGAGUUAUUGGAGAUGGGCGGGAGUUCCAUGCGAUCACGGCUCUGUAUAAUACCGUGCAUUUCCGUGAAUUGUUUUGGACAUGGGGACUGUGAAGAGACCCCUGGUGGCAUGUCUUGUGGGGUAUGUAUGGGUGUCCGAGCUGUAUCUUAUCUGAUUAUGCAACUUUUAUACCAGACAUAACCCUCCCCAUCUUCACAACUUUGUCAAAAUGACUUGACCAUGAUAAUUGACCAUUGAAUGUUACCUAGGAGUUCAGCUUCCUCAACUUGCUCAAUGGUCACACCCUUUAUGCACAACUCCAUUUGAGGUUUAGGUCUUAGAGAAUGUUUUGAACCAAAUACAAUACUUUUGCUGACAUGUAGAGUUUUUAAUCAUAUUCAAGUUUCAGUCAAGUAAUUUACACUGAACAAAAAUAUAAACACAACAUAUGAA